GGUGAACGUGCUGAUUAAUUUCUUCGUGCCAAUUCAUCGCCUUGUCACCUUCGCUUAUACAGGAAGAACAUUCCGUUUGUGGAAUCAACAGAACAACAACCAUGGUACGUGGCUGGAUCUCAUUGCUUAUGGAGCCAUGGCCUGCAUUGGGGUUCCUGGCGGGCGGAUGAGGAAAUGCCCGGGCGACGACACCUUACGUCUUAUUGCAGCGCGUCCGCUAUCAUUAAGACCAGGGAUUGAUUACUCAAUUGAUUGUUGUUGACCCUCUGGUGUUGAAUCUACGAGAGAGUUGUUUGGAACCAUGGUGGAAUCCCGGCCCUCUCGUCUGCCCGUCCAAUCCCUUCCGCCCCUCGUUUCCGCGGAUCGCAGCCUUGCGUCGCUGGUUGCUCGUCACCUCAGCGGCACGAUCUGAAUCUCUCUCUUCUCUUCUUCAUCCCCAUCGCUUCCAUUCCUUCUCUGCCGUUUCUAUCUAUCUAUCUUUUAUCGCAUCGCAUCUGAAGAUGGCACACUCACCUCAUUCUCACCACGAUCAACAGGCCUCGACCAACUACAAGGAAGCUUUCUCGCUGUUCGACAAGCGCGGUACCGGCAAGGUCGCCAUCGAGUCGCUGGGCGAUCUCCUCCGUGCCUGCGGGCAGAACCCCACGUUGGCGGAAAUUGCGGAUCUGGAGAAGAGCGUGGGCGGAGACUUUGACUUCGAGUCGUUCUUGAAGGUCCUCAACCGCCCCGGAGGAUUCCGCGAUCCCGGCGAGCCCGAGGAAUACACCCGUGGAUUCCAAGUGUUUGAUAAGGACUUGACUGGAUUUAUUGGAGUGGGCCAACUGCGCUACAUCCUUACGAACCUGGGCGAGAAGAUGUCCGACGAGGAAGUCGAUGAGUUGCUGAAGGCCGUUGACACUAGCUCCGGCGAGAUCAACUAUACCGAUCUCGUCCGCACCAUCCUUGCCAACUGAACGACAUACGAUACCCUUUCCCUGACGCUUCGUGACGAAAUGCCUCCUUUCUUCUUCCCUGCGCGAUCCCUGUUGCCGGAGUUGUCGGCUUGAGAUUAGAUUAGUUCAUCUGUUAUAAAGUUUAUUCCGCUUGUAGUGUAUAUGGAGCUGGCGUAUGCCAUUCAGCAAAUUUGGAAAUGCAAGACAGAACCUUGAGU